CCGCACACACUGUUCAGCUUGACCGCAAGUAUCUCAUCCAUCCUUCUCUUUCAAGAGAAGGUGACCAACCUGUUACUGAUGAUUAUAUUUGAAGCGAUGUAAAUACUUUGAAGUUUCAUUAUUGGCUUAUGAAGUGUAUUGUGAAUGUGUGGCUAAUUUUACAAAAGCACCGAUUUCAAAAUGGGUAAGGUUGUGCUGUUCAGGACAUGUUUGUAUUUUCUUGUAACUGCGUACGCUCGAGAUCCGGAGAUUCAACAAUAUUUCCGCGUAAGACCUCAAGACCGAGAGGUUAAGGAGGGUGAGACUUUAGAAUUUCCUUGCCAAAUAGGCCAUUUGGCUGGUGAAGUACAAUGGAGUAAAGAUGGAUUUUUAUUAGGUUUUGAUCCAGAAAUUCCCGGAUAUCCAAGAUAUAAAAUGAUGUCGGAUGUCAUACAAGGUAUAUAUAGUUUGCAAAUUGAAAAUGCACAAUUAGAAGAUGAAGGAGAAUUUCAGUGUCAGGUGGGACCAGGACAUAAUCAAAAGCCCAUUAGAGCUAGAGCUCGUCUUACCGUCCUAGUUCCGCCCAAGAUGUUGACAAUUAACAAUUUACAAGAUGGAGAGGAAGCGAUGGUGAGAGAAGGAGAAAAGCUUUCUCUUGUUUGUUCUGCUUCUGGAAGCAAACCUCCAGUUGAAUUGAAAUGGUACAGAAGAUACAUGGAAUUAGUCCCAGAAGCUGCAAAAUUAACUAUAAGAAGAGAAGAGAAUAAGAGAUACACUACUUCGAGUUCGAUAAAUCUUUAUCCUAAAUUAGAAAAUACUGGUGUUUCGUAUACAUGUGAAGCUCAUCAUCAAGCUCUUGUACAACCCAUGAGAACUACAGUGGCAGUUGGUGUUCUAUAUCCUCCAGGAAUACCAAAAAUUCAAGGAUAUAGAGAGGGGGAUGUUGUACACGUUGGAGAAAAAUUAUCUCUUGUAUGUAUCUCACGAGGAGGAAGACCCACUCCAAAAAUUAUUUGGUACAGGAAUGACGAAGUUAUUGACAUAACCUAUUCAAGUAGUGGCCAAGAGUCAACUAAUACUUACGCAUUUACUGUCGCAGCGGACGAUAACAGAGCGAUUUACCGUUGUGAGGCUAUCAAUAGUGACACAAUGCCUGCAAUGGCGACGUCCAUCAAGUUGAAAGUUUUAUUUCCUCCAACAAAACUGAAUGUAUCAGGACCAGUAGAAGCUACUCGAGGAGAAACAAUUACGUUGCAUUGCCAGAGUGAUCCUAGCAAUCCACCAGCACAGAUGUCUUGGGUAAUAGAUGGUUCGCAGGUUAAAGGUGGAGAGACAGAAACCAUUCAAGUCGAAGACGGUUGGCUUACGUCAUCAAACCUUACAGUUACAAUCACCAGGCAGGAUCCUAAUGUCAAAACAUUUGCAUGUUAUGGCGUCGGACUGCCUCUAAAAGCACCUAUUGUCAAAACACAUUCAGUUACUGUGAAGUAUCCUCCCAAUCCUCCUAUAAUUCAAGGAUACGAAGAAGAUACUCCAUUGAAAGAGGGUCAGAUACAGAAAUUAAUAUGUGUUUGCACUGGAGGAAACCCCAUUGCCAGUCUAGCUUGGUUUCGUGGAAACAACGAGCUAACAUCACUUGUGACUAUUAGUGGAAAUGAAGUGUCGAGUGAAAUUGUCUUCAGAGCUGAAGCAAAAGACAAUGGUGCAAUUUAUAUAUGUCAAGCAAAAAACUCUGCAACUGUUAAACCAUUGGAAACAUUUGUAAGGAUUACCGUUUACUUUCCUCCGGAGAAUGUGACUGUUGCUUGUAUGCCUGCGAUUCCGAGAGAAAAUUUUCCAGUGACUGUUGUUUGCACUACAGCCUCCAGUAAUCCAGCGUCAAAAAUCAGUUGGUGGAAAAAUAGCGAACUUAUCAGCGACUUUCCGGAAGAAACGAUCAAUGCGUCUUAUGGUGGUGUAGCCACGCGUAGCGAACUGUCAUUUAUCGUCGAGUAUGAAGAUGAUGGCGCUCUCUUUACAUGCCAUGCUAGAAACGAUAUAUUUCUAUCCUAUAUUGAGGAUAAAAUGGUUCUACGUAUACUCUAUAAACCUAGAUUUUCAGAAGCGACUAAGGUUAUUGAUAUUGUGGAAGGAGAUUCGACUCAAGUAACUUUGUAUGUAGAAGGAAAUCCUGAAGUAGCAUGGUUUACUUGGUCAAAAGAAGAUAAUUUAGUUCCUAGUAAACCUAAUAGAGAUAGAUCGACAGAUGACGUUAGGAGAUCUCGACCCACAAUAACAACUGAUGGUCCUGUUCUUGAAAUCAAUCUUGUAACGAGAUACGAUGCUGGUACUUAUAUAUGCGAGGCAGAAAAUGAAGAAGGAACGGCAAAUGCAUCAGUAGUGUUAAAUGUCCUUUAUCCUGCAACUGUUACCAAUAUAACAGAGUAUCUAGAGAUAAAGGAAGGAAAAGACGCUUAUCUAGAAUGUACAGUUGACGGAAAUCCUUUACCUGAUUCCGUAAUCACUUGGAAGAAAAAAGGAACAGAUACCUCUGUAGUCCAUCACAUGAUAAGCAGUCGCAAGUCAUAUCUAACCAUCAUCAACGUCAAUAAAGAUGAUGCUGGACAAUAUGAUUGUAUUGCGGACAAUGGUAUUGGUGGUGCAUCCUCCUUGUCUUCCUAUCUUGUGAUAAAGUACAGGCCAGUGAUUCAUCGAGAAAUAUUGGUGCAGAAAGUUGCAAGCGAGUUAGGAGAUACCUCCAGAUUAUUAUGUCUAGCAGAAGGAUAUCCGAAAAUAGAAUUUGAAUGGAAUUUUAAAACUCAUUAUAUGGAAAUAAGGGGCGAUUCAUCAAAAUACGCAAUCAGAUUAAAAGAAUUAACAGAGAAGUUAUAUGAAAGCACACUGUUUGUCAAAGACAUUGAACCGAAAGACCUAGGUUCCUACGAAUGUGUAGCAAAGAAUCAAAUUGGAUACGAAUCAGUCAUUUUUGAAUUGCUCAAGAAAGAUGUACCUGAAACUCCUACAGAAUUCCGCGUAAUCAAUACUACAUUUGAUAGUAUUUUGGUGAGUUGGGUACCUGGAUAUGAUGGGGGUUCAGAACAGAUGUAUAAGAUACGUUAUUUUGAAGUUGGUUCCGAUGUUCAUUCUUAUAUAGAAGUCGAUGGAUCAAAAUUAUUUUUUCGUAUUGAAAAUCUAAAAUCUGAUACACAAUAUAUACUAUCCAUUGCAUCAGUAAAUGAAUUGGGACCUAGUAAUUUUACAGAAGAGUUAUUGAUAUUAACAGAAAAUGCACCAAUAAUGGACAGUACUUCGUCUAGAAAUGACAGCAGCACUCUACCUCAUUGGUGGUGGAUCGGUGCUUCUGUACUUGGUGGUAUGGCUGGAAUUGUAAAUAUCGCUAUUGUAUGCGUGUUAAGAAGAAAAUGUUCCAGACGAAGAGCUCCAGAAGGAGUAGAAACAUCUUCAGGAAGCGAACAGUGUUCUAGGGAGAAUGUCAACAACAAGUUAAAGUGCACUUCUGAUGGACAAGCUUAUUUUCUCUCUGGAGCCAUGUACGAUGUCCAUGUGGAAAGAGUACCACUACAAAAAUAUCAGAUGGAAAAGCGGCAGCAUAGAUUAGAUGAACCAGGAGUUAGUUUUUCAUCACAAAAACAAUAUUAUGAUACUUGUGAAUGGAGCGAAGAAGCUGUUUGCGAAAGGUUGGCUACUAGAAGAAGAUACGUGGAUCCUCAUGCAGAUGCAGAUUGCCCUGACAUACUGAAAAGAAACAAAUACGAAGAUAGCUUUCAGAAAAAUGCACCAAAAGAAGAAACAAAUAGUGAAUUAUCACCUAAAACCUCAUUAACUAUGAAUAUACGAUGCUUAACAACAUCGACAAGAUCUUUGGAUUCGGAGAACUGUGGAGCAGACGUUAGUAACAAAGAAAUGUUAGAGAUAUCCAAAAAUACCACAUCUAGGUCAACUUGUGAUGUCAGAAUGCGUAGAUUGUUAUUUGAUACUCCAACUACAAACACAGAACAUUUUCUAACAGAAGAAACUCUAAUUAGCUGAGAAAGAAAUGGCUUAAUGAAUUAUUUCUAAUUGCCAACUAAAAAAAGUAAAAUAACGUGUCGGGAAUUUGCUACAUCUGCCAUGACCUCAUCUCAAUCAAUCAAUAAAGGUGCAAAGGAUCAUUACGAUCAAGAGAGAAGAGCCAGAUAGACAGCAAAAGUUGUUAAGAAGGAGCCAUUGGAAAGUCAUUAUUGUUAUAGCGCGAAUUGGCUAAAUGAACAAAAACAAGUUAGCGUCCUUUUUUAAAAAAGAACAAAAAAUGCAGGGUAUUGUUGAAAAGAGUUAUUGAAGAAAAACUAUUGAAUUUAAUGUUUUGUCUAAUAUUGAUUAAAUCAGAAAUUUAAGAAAAAUAAUAACAAAUAAUGAUGAUUAUAAUUGUUGAUAUUUAUGAUUCAAAUUAUGAUAAUGGUUAAUUAUACUUUAAAAAGAUUCCGAGUUAUAUACACAUAACCUUAUUUCUUUUAUUACACAAAAAUACAAGUAAAAGAUUACUUGCAAGGGAGAAGAAGACUUGUUUACAACAAACUGAAACAUUUGCUCUGGGUAAAAGAUAUCGAUUAUCUCAAUUAUCACACAAACACGUGGAAAGAAUCUCUCAUGCUAUUGACGUGGAAAAAUAGCUUUUUAUUUUUAUUUUACUGUUGAAGUUUGAUUUAAACUAAUGUAUAAAAAAACAUUAUUAAAAUCUAUAAAUCUGUAAAUUUAUAGAUUUGAGAAUGUGUUCUUUCGAAUAAGAUUGUAAAGAUGACUUUAUAAAAACAAAAAAGAGAAAAAGAAAAUCUUCAAAAGAUGGAACUAUUUUGCUCACAAAUUAACACAGCAUAGAUUUGAUUGAAUCAGCAUAUAUUCUAUUGAACGUUUCUUGGGCUUUGAGAAAAGAUUGUAGGCGAUAUAAAACGGGUAACAGACAAACGUCAGUCUAACAAUUUGAAAAAUUAUAUUCUGGUUCUAACAAAGUGUUCAAGUUUUUGUGAUGUGUUUUGUAAUCUCAUUUUUUCGAUAUGUCAACAGUCAAUAUUGAACAUUUCUAACAAUAUUACUAUAUCCUGUGAAUGUAAUAAAAAGGAAUCUAUUUUAGUUGGGAGUAUUUCCUGUUUCGAU